AUGCUGACACGGGCGUCAUUAGAUUUCUUCAAUUUUACCGGAAUCGCGAAGUCGAUGAAAUGGGUACCGCGAUUUUUGCCUUUAAUUGAACGUCGGAACAUGAUUACCGUUCGUCCAUCCACCUCUCGUCCUGCUGUCGCCACCAGUGACAUCUCUCCCUCGUAG